AUGGCUCACCACUCGCCUCGACCGUCUCUCGACAGCCACACCCACGGCUCGACGCCCUUCUUCCACACACUGACCCAACGCCUGCGGAAAAGCUCCAAUGCCAGCUCUUACGGUGCAGACCCUUCAUCUCCGACCGACCCGACUUCGAGGACGGAGGCCACGCGCACCGCCCGGCGGAUGGUGCUGUCGAUGGUGAGGGACGACUGGGAGUGGCCGCCGCCGCCUUCGUCGUCACCGACCACAUCCCCCCCGGUCGGCAACGGCGGCCGGUCGCCCAUCCCGCACCGCGAACCGAUCACUUACCGCCUGCGUGAGGAAGCCCACUCCGACCUGGAAAUGGACGACUUUGCCGCCAAACGCCGCGCGAAGAGCGACCCGUACAAGUUCGAGAGUCCCGAGGCGGUGGGGACGGUGAUGGCUGAGCGCAGGCGGAAGCGCCGAAAGAUGCAAGAGGAAGAAAUGUCCUGGAAUGAGGGGUUGAGGAUCUGGGUUGAGCGGCGUGACGCCUGGACGGGAGCUCUGCAGCAGAAACCCCACAGCACCAGGCCCACCGAACGACGGCCGUCGUCAACGACGAAAAGACAUUCGUAUAAAUCCCGCCUCUCGCAAGUCUUCACGGGACACAAGGGGGACCAGCCCAACUCCACCGAUGGGGGGUCGACCAGCUGGCCCGUGUCACCGGCUUCACCGACGCCAGAAUGCUCAAGCGGGGACAGCGUCGAAGCCACGUCGGCCACUCGGAUCAGCACGAACACCACCGCCGAACCGCUUUCGCCUUCCUCAUCCUCUCAACCACCGUCGUCACCGUCAGCCUCGUCACCGUCGACAGAGCCUGGCCCGUGGAUCCCCAUCUACCCUCCCAUCCUGCCCCAAGACAACAUCAUUCGAGAGCGCAUAAAACCCUCGGCGUACCCCACCAUCUACUCCAAAAUCGUGGUCCAAGGCCUCACUCCUAACGUGCCCAUUCCACUGUGUCACAUGAUCCCGGCCUUGGUGGAAGGGUGGAAAUCCGAAGGGAACUGGCCGCCUCAACCCAGCGCCACACUCGCGCAGGACGUGAAGAAGGGGAGGAAGAGCAGCACCUUUGCCAAGUGGAGAAGGGAACAGUCCGAGGAUCAGCAGAAUGGCCCGGAUUCCUCUCACCAUCAUUUUCUCCACCACGGCCAUCGCGGUGGGGGCGGAGAAGUGGCAGCAGCUGUCAUCAGCGGACCUAAGGAUUUCUCAAAUGCGCACGAAGAGGGAGCGAGAGGCCAUCGCGUGCGACGGAGCAUCGGCAUGAUGCGCAGGGUCGGGUCGUUGCUGGGAGGAUCAAUGAGCAGCGACGGUCUCGAUGAGUUGGGGAUCGAGUUCCGGGACCAGGACGAGGAGGAGAUGGGGCGGAACGUGGAGCUGAAUAAGGGUUUGGCUCACUGA